CUUCAGGGCCCAGAACCUGCUGUUCCAGGAGAUUUUUACAUGUUAUUAAAUAUAAAUGUGUCUCCACAUCCUGGAACAACUGAUUAAAAUUUGCCUCUCAAUGUAAAUUUUAAAUAAGGAAUUCUCUCAAUGUUCUGGUACUUCUCCUUUUUCCACCUCUAUUAUUAGUGAUUCAUUGCCACACAAAGCGUACAACUGUUUUACUGAAAAGUAUCAAAGUAGUUCAUCUGGAACAUGUUUUGUACAUGUUCUUGUUCAACAAACUACACUUUCAAUACAAAUUAUUCAUAAUAUAUCGGUUAACAUUUAUAAAAUGGUAAUAUAAUAAAAAUAAUCACUGCAAAUGCUGAGUUGGCUUAGGUAGAACUAGAAGAGUCUAAUACAUGCUGCCAUGUUUGCAGUAGCAUGUAGAUAAAGCUGUUUCUGGUGAUGGAAGAGGAUGUACCUUUUCAGGGGGACUCAGCUAUGCGUGUUUGAAACCACAGCUGUCACUGUGCUGUUACUGAGGCAACAAAAACAAAACGGACAAACUCACGUUUUCAGAAAGAGUAGGGUGAAGAUAAACUGUUUCAUGGAUUUUGACAGGAAGUGACUUUGAAACAAAGAGGAAUCACAAAGGCUUUUUGGCACCAUCUGCAGUUUUUAACAAAGAGAAUGGAACAAAACAUUGCCGAUUUGCUGAAAGAUGCAUUUUCAGAAGUUGAUAUAGACUUUGAACAUAUACAGCUCGAAGAGGGUGGGGAGAUUGAUCUGAAAGAUGCCAGCAAGCUCUGGCCAACAUCUGACCAAGGCUCAGUCGAGACCUUCUCUAGUGUUAACAAACAAGAAGAGAAUGAAGACAGUACUGAUAGCAGUGAGGAGAGCGCAUCAAGUAAUCAACACCCUGUAGAGACAGGAUGUGCACUUUGUUCAUCUCAAGAAAUAGACUCUGAUCAGUUUGCAGAAAAGACAUCAACGAAAGUGAAAGAAGUUGACCAGGCAAGUGAGGAGUGCACUGUAGAGGACGAAAGCAAUCAAAGUGAUGAAGAAAUAGAUGUUUCUAUGCAUGAAAUAAUGGUUAAUGUCAGUAUCUUGGAGGAAACAGAGGAUCUUAGUCAGGGCGAAGAACUUUCUUUGGAAUCUGUUGAGGAUCAAAGAACAUCCAGUGAAGAAUAUCAGCAACUAAUGGAACAAAUGUCAUCAGGUCUUGUGCCCAAUGAGAUGCCAGAAGAAAGGGCAUCAGGGUCAGAUGAUGAAGGGCCAGAGAUCUGCAGCGCAAGAGAACAAACUUCUUCUCAGUGUGACUCCAAUGGCAAUAUGGAGGAGACUUUAAUUGCCAUUAAGGAAAAUAUGUCUGCAGGGUACCGUGUUGGAGAUGACCUGAGAGAGUUUACAGAAGAGGACCAGGAACAGGUUGAGGAAAGCCUUGCUGAUUACCCCUCAGACUUAUCUCAAAGUGAAACUGAAGAGUGUGCAGAAAGUGCUGGGGACCAGAUAUCCACACUCUUGGACAGCAGUUUGAGUUUGAGCAAUGAUCAGUUAAACAAGACGAAAGAUUUAUCCCAUGCAGAAGAAGACAACUUGCGAGAGGAAGACAAGCCAAUGGAUUUUACCUCCACUGACAGUGAUAGCGAGAUUAAGGAACCAGAAGUUCAGACAAUAUCAGAAGCAGCAGACAUGGAUACAUCCAUCCAGAGUGAGAAUGCUGAUGAGCAUGAUGUUGAAGAAUCUCUAACAAAUGAUAGCAGUAGAGAGGAAGACACCAGGAAUCAAGGAAUGGGAGAUGAAAGAGAUGCAAGGAAUGGAAAUAAUCAAGAUCAACCAGACUAUGAUAGUGACAUAAGUAGUGACCACAGCACAAGUCAAGAGGAGAUUACUGAGGGCUUUGUGAGGGAUGAGGAAGACUGGAAAUGUGACAUACAGCAGAAUAACUUUAUGGAGGACUUGGACAGAGCUGAUCUUGACAUUGAUUUAGGGAUAGAUACAGAAGAUAGAGAUGGUAGCAACCCCGAGAUGGAUAGCGACUUCACAAACACAAGCCCUUUCUCAUAUAAGUGGCACUGUGGUGAAGAACCCAAUGAAGAGUCCAAUGAGUCAUACCCAACAUUACAAUCAGUCCACCUGGAUCCAGCCGUCAAAGAACAAGAUACACCCCUAGCAGAGAUUUUAACUAGUGCGAGAGAUACCAACACCUUAAUCUCUGAGGUGUUUUGGUCCUCAGAACUAUUAAUGAGUGAAAGUAAGCUCCUAGAUGAGUAUGACUGGGACUUGACUGGAGAACAGCAACUUGAGAUGAAUGUCGGUGAAGAAGAAAACCAAGAGGACACAGAAGAAGUCCUGGAGGCGUUAGACAAUGAUGAUGAUGGGGAAGAGAAAGCACGGGACUGGGAGCAGGAGAAAACAAGAAUUGAGGCAUUUUAUAGAUACUAUAAUCAGGAUGAGCAAGAGGACAAAGCAGACAGGAAUCAUAAGGUUACCUUUUGUUUGGAUCAUGAAUCGUCUGAAUAUGAAGAAGAGUCUGAGAGCAGUGAAGAGGAACUGGACAAGGACCCUGACAUACCUCCAACUACAAUAAAGCCUGAGUACCACAGUGAGUCAGAUGAUGAACUGCAGGAGAAGCAUUUCAUCCCUGAGAAGCCAAAGCUUCAACCAAAAGAGCAGCAACCUGUGAGCCCUACAUGGAAUGCAAGUCCUCCAAGGAACAAGUGUCUUGCUCUGCUGAAGUCAGUUUUAGCACUGGGCCUGGCGACCGCGAUAGGCAUGGUGACAUUCUGGUGGGCUACAGACAAUCUGGAGUGGAUACACUGAAUUCACACCUUAAUGUUUCUGCCUGCACUGAUAAAAAGAAAACAGUAAGAUGCAAGAAUCAAUAUCAUACUCAAAAUAAGAUAUUCUGCCUUUUGGCGUAGGUGUAAACAUACAGGAAGGGCCAUGAAAUGUUCUCUGAAAUUUUAGAGCAAAGUGUGACUUAUUGAUCACUGUGAAACAGACAGCUGAUGAGUCAGUUGAGAUUAAGCCCAUUUUAUUUCCUUACAGAUUACAACCUUCUAGCAUGCUCUAAAACAGUCUUUUACAGACAGACAGCUGAUGAGUCAGUUAAGAUUAAGACCAUUUUAUUUCCUUACAGAUUACAACCUUCUAGCAUGCUUUAAAACAGUCUUUUUAAAGGUGAAAAAAGAUUUCAGUCUCACCAUAUUGUAAAUGUUUCAUGUAAAUCUUCAGUGUUGGCAUCAAGGAAAACAGCUGAAUGCAAUGAUGCUUUUGAUCACGGUUUCUUUCAUUUCUAUAGGCACAAUUUUGUGUUACCAUCACCAAUUAAGUCAGGCUCCUCUAAACAUGCCAUGCAGUAAGUGUAAUCAGGGGGAAUGAAUAUUGUGAGGCACCAUUUUUGUUACUAAAGCAUAAAGGUAUCUUGCUGCUUCUAUUCAACUAAAAUGCAUUGCAUGUGAAAACAUCUUUUGACUUCAUGACCCUUAGCCUUGUUCAGCGAAUUCAGCUUAAUCAUUUCAUAUUUCCUUACUGGUCAGUGCUUUGUCUUCUUGAAGGAGCUACACAUAGGUUUAAAGAAGUUAUAAUGCUUUUGCUUGCAGAUUCAACCAUUUUUGUUUGCAACACAAGCUAUAUUUCUAGCAAGCAAAAUGAGCUAAAGGCAUUUGCCACAAUUAACACCGCUAGGUUAUUUGGAUGAAAGUACCAUCAGAGUUUGACCAAAAAAAGGACUUUUAAUAAAGUACAUUUAGUGACUACUGAUAACCAAUGACUCAGAUGUUUAAAAAGAUUAAAAAAUGCAUGUAAACUGUAAAACUCUUACCUGUAAUUUCUAUUUGUACCAAUAAAAAUACAUGAAAAGCCA